AUGGCUAAUAAGGGAACAGGCAUGCCCAUGUCUCAAGGCACUACGACUAGCUGCGGCCCAUCACCGGCAAUCUCCACGCUUUGCCCACUACCUUCCAACCCAUCAUCCACCGAUCCCGAACUGCCGUUCUCACGCUCGAUCAAGAGGCCGAGUCACGAGCCGAACGUUUCGACUGAUUAUAAUUCCGAGGUUCAAGACCAUCCAGAGGUUGUUACCGAUGGUGAAAGGGAGACGAACGCACGACUGACCAGUCGCUACGUUGACCCCGAGGAUCAUCCAGCCUACAAGGAACUCCAAACGAGGAUUCACCAAUCACGCAAUGAUCAAGAUCGCUGGAAAGCAUGCGUGAUCUUUCACGAACGAUACAAGAUUCUCAAAGAACUUUUAGGCAAGCUGGGUGAAGAGAUCGAGGAAAAGAGGCGACAGCUGGAGGAGGCCGAGGCCAGUCGCGGCGAUAAAGAAUCCAACCUUGACGCCCUUGUCUUGCUCGGGACAUCUUUCAUGCGACUAGAAUGCGAGCGCUUUGGCCAGGUCCUACGAUCUUACAAUGAGGCCAGACACAAACGACCAAGGAGCUCCGAUUACUCCGAGCAGCGCGAUUUGCAGGCCUCAGGCCAAGAAUGGAGCGACUUCUUUGACAAUCACACCAAAGCUUCUCGAGAUCUUCAAAAGUGCGAGAAGGCACUUGAUUGUAUUGGUAAAACAUGGGGGGACGAUAAGAUCCGGUACUACGGCUGGGCCACCAAGACUUGGGCAACGUGCCGGGUGCUUCAAAGAGCCGCAAAGGCUGUCCCUACUUGGGAGGAAGCUGGGAUUAAGCUGAACAGGCUGAGGAACUACCGCGACCGAGUGUGCCCCUUUGAAGAAGCCUGUAUCUCACUGGGCAACCACAUGGUUGGUGACGAGGAAUACGGCCUGGCCCUGCCGGCGGACGGAAACCGUCGCCAACGGCGCAAGAGCUCAAUGGCCGACGCGACCACCCAAACUGACCCAAUGCUGGGGGAGGAGUUUAACUUGGCAAAGGCGAGAGACCUGAGCAGCUCAUCACAGGGUGCUGAGCUGAGCAGAUAUUGUAACAACUUCCAGGACAGUGAAGAGUUCAAGAGACGGGCCCUUGAAGAACUCAACGAAGUGGGCGACAAAUCGUGUUGGGGGGCUGAGAGCAGCAGUUCCUGCAGUCAUUACCUUUCCCGCAGCUGUUGUCCAGCCGUUGAGCCCAGCAAUGGCCAACUGGAUGCCUAUUUCAGCACAUUGGAUGAGGCAAAAGGAUUGGUCGACAGAAUGACUCCAGCUGUGCCCAUCUUCACGCGACGCAGCAACGCGAGUGGGUGGAAGCCCAACUUACGCCCCAUCGUGGAUUAUCUCACUCGGAUGAAGACGGUUCGGACGAAGAAACGAUAUGUCCAAAAGUAUUCUCUUGAGAUGGCAGGAGAGUCUUUCACAAAGGUUACUCAAUGGGAAGUUAUGAGUCACUUUUUGAGGGAAGAUGGUGCUGAUGGCCUCGAUCUGUGGAAUGCUUUGGAGUUGGAGAACCACCUUGAACAACGCCACGUGCCAGAGUUUUUGACGAACAGCAACUGCAACCUCCUUGUUGAGAUGAGAAAACGUGCAGGAGAGAAGAGAGUGGUGAAGAAAGGGAGAAAGGCAAAAAAGGUAGAGGACCCGCCAGAGAAAGACCCUCUGCAUUUUGCCUUGAUUGCCGACGGCGGGAUGAAUACCUACCCUCACACUGAUAGCCAUGGGUAUUCGACCUUUCUCACUGUCCAAGAGGGUGAGCUAAUUUUUGGCUGGCUCUCGGGCCCUGACGAUGAUACUUGGAAUGAAUGGGCCCGAAACCCCCGGUAUUUUGGCGGUGGAAGAUGGUGUUUUGUUGUUAUGAAGCCUGGGGACAGCGUAUACCUUCCCUCUGGCACACCACACUACGUUGUUCGGAGGAAGGGAACCCAGACCUUCAUCUUGGGUGGUCACGUCCUCCAGUGGUCUAACCUGCAUGGUUGGGCCUCAUUAUUGCGCAGACAGAUUGACAAUCCAACAACGACGAACGAACACAUGGCAUCGGAAACGGUGAGGAGGUAUGUUGAAAUCGCAGGUGGCUUGGUCGCAGAAGCCAUGAAGUCUGGGGACGAUCGGCUCGAGUAUCUCGGGGGAAUUGAGGCGGCGGAACAGACGCGCCAGGUGCUUAAGGAUCUCCAAGAGAUGAUCGAGAAUAAGAAGACACAGACAGAAACAUGA